UCGGGGUUGACUGAACCAGCCAAUCAUCUUCGAGUUUUUUGGAGCGUACGUCAUCGUUUUUUUUUUUCCACCACUUGUAAACACGUGUGCCUUGUGCCUCUCUGUCUUCCACGGUGAUUUUCAGCGACUUAAGUAAUUACAUCAAAACCUCAAAAUGGCAAAAAGUCUGCGAAGCAAAUGGAAGCGAAAGAUGCGUGCGGAGAAGAGGAAGAAAAACGCGCCCAAGGAGCUGGCCCGUCUCAAACAGGCUCUGGCCCUGGACGGCAAAGGAGAAGUGACCAUGAGCGACAUCCAGGAGAUCGCCACUGUAGUGCCGUCCGACAAGGUCAAGAAGCAGGAUGCUGAGAUGGAGGACGCAGAGGCUGAGGAUGGGAAAAUGGACAUGGACAGCAAGCGCAACACGAAAACUAAGUUGGAUGAGCACGGGCAGUACCCCGUAUGGAUGAGCCAGCGGCAGGCCAAGAAACUGAAAGGCAAACGGAUGGCAAAGAAAAAAGGCCACACAAAGAAGAAGGGCAUUGCCUGGUAAAACAGUAGAAACCGAAGGACUUAAACUUUGCCUUCAGAACUUGUGUGACACAGGGGCCUGGGAUCAAGUCAUGUCUUCCUGUAGUGGAUACAUGAUUAAUGUGGACUUGCUGCUUUUGAAUCCCUUCCUGGUCAGUGGAUGGUCACAUUUUCUUCAUGGUUAUAUCACAGAACCUGUUAUUGUACCGUAUUUCAUUGCAGGUAAAUGUUCUUAUUGAACAAAAUGAGUCACAAGGAAAUCAGACGUACACGCUGCAGAGCAGGUUGAUUCAUGUGUAUUCUUUGCAACAAAUUAAAUCAAAGGGUUUUCAGAGGGAAACCGGCAUUUACAGUCCCAUGCCUUGUUUUGUUCCGCUAUAUUUUUGUGAGUUUGUACGUAUUUGGUUGCUUACCACUCUAGGUUAUCAGUGAUGAAUAAUGGACUGUAAUAAAACAUACAAAGGAUACAGAAAAGUAA